CAGGCCAGCGAAUGCGUCGCGAGGGGUUUUUUUUUGUGGUCUGACGAGUUGCAGCCCGUUGCAGCUUGUUGCGACUUGGCCAGAGCGCUGACACAGCAAAAAAAAGACAGGGAGCAUCGAAAAAAAUAAAAACAGGGCGCGGCAGGGUGACGAUGAGAGGGGCUGGGAUCAACGCACAUUAGGCUCGGGCUAUGAUGCGGCCGCGAUUGGACCGUGACAUGUCGCUCGGCUGUCAUGUAACCACUCAUCCGGGAUAGUCUGCCUCUCUGGGAGGCAGUGGUUACAUGCGUCUGCGGUAUAUUAAGCGGUCCUGCCCUCGCUGCUGCGUUGCCUGCAGGACGCAGAAGGUCCCAAAAGCCAGCGAGACAGCGUCCAUCGGGCAUCACCCAAUCGCCCAACACCCACAUCUGCCUGUGUGCCCGACCACAUUCGCCAUCCAGACUCCAGACUCCAGACUUCCAGGCUCUCGGCCAGUUGAGCUGGCGGGGUGGGAACCAUGGUUAUCAUCGACCCCGAGUUUGUGGUGCCAACGAUCCCGGAGGAGGACCAGUACGAGGGGACCGAGAUCGAUGAGAAUGUGCUCAAGGCUCUACCGCAAGGGCUCACAAUCGAAUGGGCGGCCACGAGUGGUGCGAGCUUCUGGGCAUUCAACAGUAAGAUCGAUACUGUCCUGUCCGAUGGCUCGGAACAGUCCUACUUUUUGAAGGUAUAUACCACCGAAAGGGCUGGUGAUAUCGCAAGAGGUGAAUAUGAAGGUCUCAAGGCGAUGCGCGCCGUCAUCCCGGAAAACAUCCCCAACCCCGUCGCCUGGGGCCUCUGCGCACGCGACCCGUCCCGCUCCUUCUUUAUCGCCGAGUUCCGCUACCUGGACGAUGACCUGCCCGCCAUAUCGGAGCUCGUCGACCUCGUCGGCCAGCUGCACGGCCAGACGAGCCCCAACGGCAGGUUCGGCUUCCACACGACCACCUUCUGCGGGCGCCUGCCCAACGACAACAGGUGGUGCGACACGUGGGAGGAGUACUUCACCCGCAACAUGCGGGAGCUCAUGAAGACCGAGCUGGCCACGCAUGGGCCGCACGAGGAGCUCGAGCAGCUUAGCGCCGCGGUCCUGGAAAAGGUCAUCCCCCGCCUCCUGCGGCCCAUGGAGACCGAGGGGCGCAGCAUCCGGCCCUCGUUGGUGCACGGCGACCUCUGGCACGGAAACGUGUCGAUAGACGCCGAGACGAUGGAGCCGGUGCUGUACGACCCCGGCUGCUUCUACGGGCACCACGAAUAUGACUUCUCAAUGUGGCGGGCCACCCGCUACCGCACCAGCCAAGCGCACGUCAAAUACUACUUUGACAAAUUCGGCGCAUCGGAACCGACCGAGGACAAGGACGGCCGAAACAUGCUCUAUGCCAUGAGGAGCGACCUCGCCGUCUCGGUUCUGUGGUCCGCCAACAAGGCCAUCAGGGGACUUGCCAUUGAGGGGAUGCGACGCCUGGUCGCCGAGUAUGGGGAAGGGUAUGACGGGUACCUGGCCAGGCGGGCCGGGGGUGAGCUCGACUCGCAGGCAGCUGGCGAGCACACCGCCGCUCCGGGCGCUAAUGCCGUCCAGCCCCGUGUGAUAGAAGCCAUGCCUAUUCCUGCAGUCGGGGCAUAGGCGGGCUGUCGGGUGGGCUGUGGGUGUUUCAGGGCGUGUCGAUCUACCGCUUCUCUUUCUCGUGCGGGAUAAAUUUCUGUUGGCCUCGUGAUCCUCUCGUUCCCAUCCCCUUGCAUAAGUCCCGCUGGGCGCCCCCCACGGGCCCUGCCAGUAGCAGCCGCGGAACUGGAAAUAGCCCUCGGGAUUUCACCCUUGUAAAUAUGUAAGCCUAUGGCGCCGAUACUGAAGGAGCUGCAUGCGAGAGAGCUCAGAGGCACCCGAGAGGAGUCCUGUCGAGCCUCCAUUGCAUGCC